UUUUAUAUUCUUAUGAAAAUAUACUAUUUAUAAAUGUUUGGAAUUUCCGGUCCAAAUUUAGAAAGUAAAAUACUUGGAUUUACAAAAGACAGUUCCAUGUCAGAUAGCACCAACGUGAUGGCUGAUAUCAAAGGAAACUACGAUUAUGUGGAUCCCGAGGAAGACGAUCCGUUUGUAAGUGUGGAAACCUGCAAGGAGACGGACAAAUCCGAACCACAGAUGUUACGAAGCCUAAUAUUGGCUAUAAAUGAAGAUCUAAAAGAUUCAACUGUUGAAGAUUUCCAUUAUAUACUUGCCAAUAAGCAAGGGACCGAGCGAAAUGAUUUUCUGAGAUGUGCAGAGACUCUUUUUGUAAGUAAACUACAAAAAUCCAACGACAUCGAAUCACUCUCGAAACUUCUUUCCGUUAAUGACGUCAAAUUUAAGAAGGUUGUGCUAAGAUCUAUUCAGAAGUCAUUGAUGGAGGUAUCGCUAAAUGGAACAACUGUAGGUAUCACGGACAUAUGUUUGAGAAGUAUUGGACAUCAUUUACAAAAACAUGACGAGGAGGAAGAUUCGCUUGACAAGGCAAUAGUAACCACACUUCCCCCUGUACUCAGAAGCUGUGCGAUAGCUUCCAUACUUCACUGUUGUUUCAGAAAAGAAAAGAAGGAUUUAUUCAUCAGAAUUAGUAAAAGUUGCGAAACAAUAGAAAAAAUAUGGACCAGUGGGAUUUCUAAGAAAAGAUUAAAAUCCAUUGACCCUAUAGUUUGCCAGAUGGUUAAAGGCGCCAUAGAUCUUCUUGCAGCAAUGGGAAAAUUCAAAUUUGGGAAACAGUUGAAAGAACUUUUUUUAAGUUUAAACGAUUCAUUUACUUCAUCAGAACAUGAAAUGGCAAUGAUGAAGAUUGGAACCAGUGGAUCUGUUGUUGAACAAUACAUUGUUACAAUGGGGAUUCUAACAAAGAUGAAAACCGAUCCCAGAAAUAUGUGCGACACGUUCAAUCGUUUCUUGCAAACAAUACUUCGCCAGAAGCACAUUGAAAGGAAAUGGAUAGUCCCUGAGUUUCAGCAACUGGAGUAUCUAAUUAUUUGUGGGGUUGCCUUCAUAACAAGAAAAUUUUCUCAAAUAGAAAUGACGCAUCUUCACAGUAUCAUCGAUGUUUGCGCAGAUGGUUUGGCAAACAAUAGAUUUACGGUCCCGGAGGAAGUAUCAGACCUUGUCUUGUCUCUAAAGUCUAAAAUUGUGCAACCAGUUACCUCUUGUUUAAACAUAUCAGAGGGAACCAUGACUCAAUUAGCAGAGUCGUACAUUGAGAGAGUUCUUCCAGGGCUAGUUGUUCACAACCAGAACCGAAGAAGACUUCCAAAAUUGUCUGAUCAUUCUCACUGGAUGAUUUCUGGUGGUCGCCUGUUCCUAAACCUCGCACAGAUAUCAAUUUUGGUACCUGGAAUAGCAAAUACACAAUUUAAAAAACUUCAAAAUUGUAUCGAAAAUGAACAAAAAGUGAAUGAAUUUGAAAUUCUCCACAUUCUACAAAGACAAAAAACUCACUCCAAUAUCAUGAAAAUGCUUGCAUUUAGCCCCCGAAACUGUCGUUUGCAUUUUUACGUUCUUGAAAGUUUUCAAACAAAUCUCAUUGACAAACUUCUUCAUGCAAGAAGGUGCCAAGAAUUUCUGUCACAAGAAUGGAUAAACAGGCGGCUACUAGAGAUUGCCAGUGCAAUCGAUUAUCUCCAUCGGAAGAAAAUAAUCCACAGGGACAUUACCUUAAACGGUAUCGCGAUUAAGGAGCUCUCCACAGUGGAAGAGGAGAAAGCUGUUCUGUGCUCUCUUCAUAUGGCAUGCACAAGUGACGAUGAAAUAUCUGCCAACACUGGGCAUAUUGGAGACAUUCAUGGAGAAUGCAUUGCAACACGAUGGUCAGCUCCAGAAUCCAUCUGGGAAGACAGAUAUGAUUGUAAAACCGACACUUGGAUGUUUGGUCAUGUGAUCCACGCAGUGCAUACUUAUGGUUGUGAGCCAUACACUGAACUGUACAGUGAAACAACAUAUGACAUCAUAGCCAAAGUAGUAUCCUGUGGGCUGAAACCUUACAAAUGGCCAUGCAUUCCUCUUUCUUAUCACGAAUUAGCCUCCAGAUGUCUGAAUUUUUGCCCAACAGAAAGACCUGAAAUGCAUUUUAUCUCUAAUUAUUUGAAGGAAUUGAAGAAUGAGAGGACACAAUUGCGAAAAUCUAAUUGUGACCAUGAGCUCCCUAAGAUAUCUGAAAAACAAAGUGAAAGGGGGCAUCAACCUGAACGGGGAAUUCCUCUGAUGGUGAAGAAAAUGAAAGAAAUGACUGGGGAUAAGAGAGAAACUUACUUCGAAAUGAAAAGACGGGUUCCACAAAGUCCCAAUCCUGAUUAUGCACCUCUGUCAAUGACUCUGUGUCUUGGAGACAUUCAAUCUAAAGAUGAACCCAAAAUUAUCCGAAAGAGAUUUGAAGUUGAAGUGGAGGAAGAAGUAACUGUGGAAUUUCAUAACAAAACACUUCCUAAAAUGAGCAAGGAUUUUGCAGAGAAGAUGAGUAUCACAAGUUGGCCGCCUGUAAAACGGUCUCGAACACUACAAGGCGUAAACAUUACAGUGAAAUAUAGCUUCCCGACGUCAACAAAUAUAAUGGAGUUGGCUUCAUCCUGCAGUGUCCAGGAAAACUUUGAUAGAGCCCUUCAUAUUGUUCUUCAAGUUGCAUGCCUCGUAGAAAGGAUGCACGAUAAACGUUGGAUUAUAGUGGACAUCACUGGAAAAUACGUGUAUAUACAGGAGGACAACGAUUAUAAGGCGUGCGAGUUACGAAUAGGACGAAUGGUGAGACUACCGCUUGAUAAUGACAGCGUAAUGUCCAGUAGAAAUCUCGAGGAUAUCAUACAUUGGCUACCCAUAGAAGUUAUAGGACAUGGCGAACUUUCAACAGGAAGUGACGUUUAUACGAUGGCUAUGCUCUUUUACGAGUUCUUUAUGGCAAUCUCUGGAAAUGAUCGCUUGCAGAGUAUACCAUUUUCUUACAAACACAGGUCUCAGGUUUUGGGUCAUUUACAUGACGGCCAUUUCCCUGACAAACCACCAGCCUGUCCACUGUGGUUAUAUGAUGAAGUCAUGAAACCAUGCUGGGACCAAGACAGGACAUGUAGACCGACGGCUUCAGAUGUAGUCAAGAGGAUCAAAACAAGAAGGAAUCCAUUAAUCACGAACUAUGUGAGAAGCACAAGUAUUGAUGCUGAUAUUUCCCUGAGGUAUGACCGAAUUGACAAGAGUACAGCUGAACCAGAUUCACCGGAAGUCGGAGAUCCCAGAGCUGGGUCCAGCGAUGAUGGAUAUAUGUACGUUCUGCGACAUAACUCUGCAGCAGAAACAGGGGAACCAUCAGUCGGUGACGAAUCCAUAAACAAAACAGAAUCUGAUGAAUCUGAUGAAUGUCAAGAUGCUUAUGACGACGUAGGAGUGAUGGGAGAUAAUUCCACAUCAUCGAUGUAUGUCAACUGUUCCCCUAACAGAGUUUUAUUAACUGUGGAUACAUCGGACAAGAGAAAUAAGAAAAAUCAAGAUUAUCAGAAUGAACCAAGACAAGAUCUUUUAGACUGUGCCCAAACACCUCCAGAGAGUUUAAUACCCGUUCCAGACCGUGCACACAGACAUGCAGGGGGUUUGAUAGAUGUUUCAGAUUAUCAACUCUUUUCUCCGAUUGGUCAGCUUGGAGAUCAAGCCGAACAGGAAAUAUCCUACGGAGAUAAUCCAUAUUACGAAAACGAAACCAUGGUUUUCUCGGGAAUGGACAUGACUAAUCCACAACCUUUCAUAAGUAGGAAGCUCAAUACUGGUCAACAACUCCCUCAUUCCAGUGUAGGUGUGCCAAUCCCUCAUACUUGCAAGGAAAAUCCUUUAUUCCAAAGUGAUACGUCCUCGUGUUAUAGCAAACAGCACAAUCCUAUUAGGGAACCAAGCUGUGAUAUACAGUUACCCACCAGAGCUACCACAAACCAACAAGAUGACUCAUCUGAUGAAUCAGAUAUACGAUUACCCACCAGAACUACCACAAACCAACAAGAUGACUCAUCUGAUGAAUCAGAUUAGGAAACCGAAGAUUAUUUAAUCACUCGAUGGAGAUAUUAUAUUUAUUGUUAGGCCGUUCUUGGCACACUGAUUUUGACUAUGUAUAACUCCAUUUACCUGAUCAAGAUAUAGGGCUCACGCCGGGUGUGACCGAUCGACAGGGGAUGCUUACUCCUCCUAGGCACCUGAUCCCACCUCUGGUAUAUCCAGGGCUCCGUGUUUGCCCCACUCUUUAUUUUGUAUUGCUUAUAGGAGUUAUGAGAUAGAUCACUGUUCGUUAUCUUCGCCUUUCAUUUACAUUUCCAAUGUAUUUGCCUUUAAUAUCACUACAAAUUGUAAUGAUAGCCAUUUUCUCAUGAAUGCGCUGCAGCUGUAAACAUCUUGAUAGAUUUAGUAGAUCUAUUUUAACGGUUGGGAAUUCCGACAGAAGUGAAAGUAGACUGUAAAUAAAAAAAAAUAAAAAAUAAACGACCCGUGGAUGUAAGGUUAAGUAUGCCGACGUGAAGCGUUGUAUUCCAUACCCUAGUGGAUUUUCAAAAUUCACUGAGUGUAUUCUGCUCAAUUUCUGUUGAAACCCAUUGCUUCAUUGGUUGUCAUUUGUAAAUAUGAAAACACGCUAGGUGUGGUUUUUAGUUGCGCCUAUCCAACGUUAUCAAAUCUAAUAAAUUAUGCACAUGUUGUGAUCUCCAUGAUAUUGAGGACGAAUUUCAUUUCAUAUUGAAAUGUCCACUUUAUAAUGAUUUGAGAGAAAACAAAUUGAAAAAGCAUUAUUACUCUAAACCAAAUGUUUUUAAAUGAAUUCAAUUAUUAACUACUAGAAAUGUCAGCGAUUUGUUAAAAUUUGGAAAAAAAAAAUGUGAGUUCUGCAAUAUUAUUAAGAAAAUGUCACAAUAAUGUUCAAUUUUUUACCUGUUUACUUUGUACGUUCACUCUCUUUCUCUCUCUGAAUUGCCUACAAUUAUCAUUGUGUUCAAUUGUUACUCUGAUGAGCCAGUUGGCCCAAAGAAAUAAAGAAAAUGAGAACACUCGCACGCUCACAUACCCACACGCGCGCGCUCACACCCCCACCCAUAUAUAUAUAUACAUACAUACAUAUAUAUAUAUAUAUAUAUAUAUAUAUAUAUAUAUGUGUGUGUGUGUGUGUGUGUGUGUGUGUGUGUGUGUGUGUGUGUGUUUACCCAGCUCCCUAUUUUGUAUUGCCUAUAGGAGUUACGAGAUUGAUCACUGUCCGUCAUCUUCACCUUUCAUCUAGUGUAGUAAAUAACGCUUACAUAUUACUUAUUUUAUGCAUUUCCUGCUAUGUUUCCGACCUUCAUCCCUCAUUUAACAAGUCAUUUCAACUUCUAUAAUCGUCAUUAAUAGAUGACAAUUGUCAACCAACAAGAUGUAUUCUGUUGUUAAUCACUGCCAAGAAAGAAAAAAAAAGCUACGGGACUGGGUAAACCGGUUUCUCCAAACCGUAUUUUGUAUCAUUAUAAAAAUGGAGAGCAUAUAGGUGAAAUAUUAUUUGGUAAAUAAUAUGUUUUAUGUGAUAAUUUUUAACACUUGGCUAAUUUGUUUAACCAUGACUGUGUGUUCUGUACAUAUCAUGUAAUGUAGAUUUAUAUUAUGUAACCAUUUAUGUAUUAAUUUCAUGUAAAGUAGAUCUAUAUUAUGUAACCAUCUAUGUAUUAAUUUUUGUAAUGUAGUAGAUCUGUGUUAUGUAACCAUCUAUGUAUUAAUUUCUUGAUCACAAGUGAAGUACGUGUAUCUAUUUCACACAUUUUAGUUUAUCAGAACCACGAUCAUCAGCAACCAAUGAAAUAAUGAUUGUCACGUGAUAUUGUCUUUGUGGCUGUCCAAGUGUAAGGAAGCAUUGUUUUUGAGGAGGACAAUUUUCCCUCCACCAUUCCAAUCUCACUUCCUUAUAAAGAGAAUUCCUCUCAUUACCUAUCUGUUUUCUUUCUUUUAUGUUAUUGAAGCAAAUUUUAAGGUGUCACCUUAUUUUUCUGUUUUAUGAUGUUUAUAUUAAAAAAAAAUAUUGGGGAGAUCCCAAUGUCAUUCUUGUUUAGGCUGCCUGAGUUGUAGUUUUGAUGCUCGGGGAUCUCCCUAUUCACUGUGUACGUGAUUGGUGUAGCGUGGGGUAUGUGAAUUCCUAGCGAAGAAAGUAGGUCAAUAAGUUUUCAAAGCUAUUAUAGGUUGUAAAGAAGUUUUCAACUUCUACAAUCGUCAUUCAUAAAUGAUAAUUUUCAACCAACAA